UCGAUAGAAUCUGAUAAAAGGCAUCCGUUGACUUUUCCACAUCCUCUGUAUGGAAAUAGAAUUAGCAAACCAAAGAAGCUUUUACGAUAUCAAAACCCGUUUUGAGAGUAAAAUUGAGUCGCCGUUUUAUUUGAUUAAGUUUGGGGAUUCACAUAUAGUGCAAACACAGGACUGACAAGAAUCAAUAACCUAGCUGCUUACACAGACUUUUCCUGUUUGACGAAAGGAAGAUAUUUGUGUCAACAAAUACGCGUCACAAUAUCUCGAAUGGUUCUUGUGAAGCAGUAAGUUUCUUAACAAAUAAUUCUCGCAUUCAAUUAAGCCCUACCAGGCUACAUGAAAGAGGAAGUACGACUGCAUAGCUGCGAGCUUUUGAUCAUGCAACGUCUAGGAAUCGUCUCCCUCUUGUCCAUUUUAAGCGUGAUAGAUCCCAUACAUCAAACGGACACAAAGUUUUAUCAGAACCGAAUUUUCAAGCCAGCAGAUGUUACAUUAGGGGGUCUUUUUGAUGUCCACUUCAAUGGACCCAACGAUGACUGCGGCGAGUUGUUUACUAUGGGUCUUGGCCAUGUCGAGACCAUGUUGUUCGCCAUUGAACGCGUCAACAACGACCCUACCAUCUUACCAAACGUCACUAUCGGUUAUGACAUUCGAGAUUACUGCGAAAACGCAGCAAUAGCCAUGAGAAUGGCUAACGACUUGGUUCAAAACACUGAUGCAGUCUGUCGGGAAGAUAAGAACCGCACGUUGGAUGACAAUUCUUCAACUGCGCAGCCAGUGGUUGCUCUGAUAGGCCCGCACGACUCGGCAGGCGCUGUUCUGGUAGGAAGUCUUCUCCAAGUGCACGAAAUCGCUGCAAUCAGCCCUACAGCCACAAGCCACGAACUCAGCUCCAAAAUGUACCAGGACUUUUUUCGCACAAUCCCUUGCGAUAUGUGGCAGGCGAGAGUCAUGGCCGACAUUAUCGAGCAUUUCAAAUGGACCUACAUCGCCGCUGUCGCUGUCGACGACUCGUACGGACGUCAUGGUGUUUGGGCUGUGGAAAAAGAGGUAUACCGACGAAGAACCUUUUGCAUCGCUUUUUCCGAGUUUAUUCCAAGACUAGACUACCAGGAAAAGCUCGUUCAAAUUGUUAUUAAGCUCAAACAACAGCAGAACAUUGGAGUCGUACUUGUGUGGUUAUCAGGCGGGUAUGCAAGAGCUUUUCUCCGCGAGACACACAAACAAGGCGUUCGCGACCGUACUUGGCUAUUUAGCGACGCUAUGACCGCCGAGGAAAGCGUGCAUCUUGACCCGCGCUUUGCUGGACUCGAUGGGUCACUUGGAGUUCAGCCUCAAGACUUCCGACACUUACCCUUUGAUGAACAUUUGAAGCACUUAACACGAAACGCAACAUUGAAGAGAAAUUCGGCAUGGUGGGAUGAGUUUUGGACACAGAUCUGUAACCAAACACUGUCUGAUUGUAAAGACAACAUUUCUUCACAUCAUUUGAUUAGGCAAUUUCGCAGCUCAUUUGUUCCGUACCUUUUAGAUGCCGUGUACGCAGUAGCUCAUGCUCUCGACAACAUCUACAAAUGCGUUGAACCGAACGGUCUUCUGCCUGAAGGAAAAUGUCCUGGUGUUAUACCCGUGAAUGUUAGAAAAAGCCUCCCAAACUACCUUAAGAACGUAAGUUUUCACGGAGCCACUGGCAAAGUGCAAUUCAACCAUUUUGGAGAUCGAUUAGUGGCCUCCUACCAUAUCAUCAAUUUUCAGCGAAACAAACAGCGAGAGAAAAAGUACGAAAAAGUUUUGGUUGGGUCUUGGAUGAAAGACAAGAAUCCACAACUAACACUAAAAUCAAAUGUAGUAUGGAACACACUUUUAAAUCAAAGUGCUCCGCGGUCAAUCUGCGCUAAAGACUGUUCUCCAGGAACCAGGCAGUCGCCAACCACGCCUUGCUGCUGGAAGUGUAUCAGGUGCCCGCUGGGCAGCAUAAGCACGCGUCACAACUCUCGUAAUUGCGCCGAAUGCUCACAAACACAGAAAUCGAACGAAGAACGAACGCGCUGUGUUGAUUUACCAAUACUACGCAUGCAAAUGAACAGUGUGAGUGGUGUACUCGUAGCAGUUUUCUCUGCUGUCGGACUCGUCCUGACAUUCAUCACCUGGGGCACCUUGGCGAGGUAUUUCAACACACCCGUAGCUAAGGCGGCCGACAGAGAAAUGAGUUUGAUCCUCUUGGUAGGGAUCACUUCUCUGUUUGUCAUACCUCUGUUGAAUCUCUCCGAAUCGGCCAACACAAUCUGCUGCUUCAGUCACUGUGGACGUAUGACGAUUUGGAUCAUGUCCGUUGCCGUGCUUCUUGUAAAGACGAUGCGUAUUGUCAGCGUGUUUCAAGGUCACAGCGUCGUGCGGAAUGCCAAGCCCUUUACCGCCAAAGCCAGUACACAGAGAGCUCUCCUGGCGACUCUUACCGCUGUUCAGAUAGGUUUAACGGUAGUUUGGCUAAUUACUGGCCCGCCUUACAAGAAAAUCACCAUCACUCAUCUGCAGCACAUUUCGAUUGUAUGCAAGGCAUAUUCUACCCUUAUUGGAAAAAACAUCUUGCUCGCAAACAUCGCGUACGGAGUUUUUCUGUGGCUGUUUUGUGUGUAUUACGCUUUCAGGGUGAGAAAUAUCCCCGAAAACUUCAAUGAAGCGAGGCGCAUUGGCUUCUCCAUGUAUAUUUUAUUUCUCUCCGUAAUAUCAUAUUACCCGGUAGCGUUCGCGAUCGAAGGAUGGUACAUAACUGUGCUUGAAUGCGCCACAAACAUUACCAGUGCCUUAGGCUUCUUACUCUGUAUUUUUGCACCGAGAAUUUAUAUAAUCCUGUUUAAGCCGAGACAAAAUACAGUGUUUGUUUCUAGAGUACAAGUUGCUAACUAUACGUUUACAACGGCGAAAUACAGCGGUGCACUUGGUAACGGUUAAAACAAAGAAAAAUUGUAAAGACAUAAUAGCGUCAGGCUGGUUUGAAUAUGUCUAUGCCCUCACUCCACUAAAAACAUCGCUCUAUUCAACAUCUCUCUCAGACUUACUUGGAAACUAUUUCAAUAUUUUGGCUUUCGAGAUUCUCCAAACACGAGAUUGAUAAACUUACCUCUGAACAGUACUGUCAGGCUAUAUACACAACCCACUCGGUUUUUGUAAAAUCUUGGUAUUUUCUGGGCCGUACGGGAUUUGAACCCAUGACCUCUGCGAUUUCAGGUCCUAUUUUCAACUACUAGUUCAGUAGUGUUCUUAGCUGCGAGGAUCUCUUAAAUUCGUCUCUUCACCGCAGUACAAAUAUAUAUUAAUUUCACAUAUCUAAAAUCAUUAUUCAUCACUUGGAUGGUUUAUUUGGACCCAACUU